CGAAACCUUGGGUAUAUAAAUCUGGACAAGACCAAUUAUUCUUAUUGAUCCUCUUUUCCCUCACACCUCUAAUUCCCCUGUACAAUAAACGCAACUCUUCCACGGCUCAUGCUCCGACUCGCCCAAACAAUGGCCACCUAUCAAAAGAACGCCGCGCUCCACGAGCUCACCACCAAAGUCAUCACGUGCCAACCAGUGGCUUCCCUCCCAGAAACAUACCAAUCCGUCCUAAAGGGCGCCGAAGCAGACAGCUACGCCAUAACGACCACCGACACGAUCUUCCAUCCCCAAGGCGGCGGUCAACCCAGCGACAUAGGAAUCAUGAAAUCAGACCCCGGGGCAGAAACCCCCCUAUUCGAAGUCAAAUUUGUGCGCAAGCUGCCAGACAACCAAAUCUACCAUCUGGGAAAAUUAUCGGACGGGGCAAUCCCUCCCACCCCCGGACAGACGAUACUACAGCAGAUUGAUAGUCAAAAACGUAACUUUCAUUCGCGGUAUCACACGGCGGGGCAUAUUGUCUCGCUGGCGGUGAAGCAGCUACAUGAGACGAUUGGAACGGUGACGGAACUGAAAGCGAAUCAUGCGCCGGGCAUGGCUUUCGUGGAGUUUGGGGGGUUGAUUGGGGGUGAGCAUAAGGGUGCGAUUCAGGAGAGAGCCAAUGAGCUGAUGAGAAGGAAUGUGCCUGUGAAUAUCCAUUGGUGGGAUGAGGCGAAAGCGAAGGAUUUUGGGACUGCGUUUCCGGAGGGUUUCACGAUGCCUGAUGAUGGGGUUAUUCGGGUGGUGGAUAUUGAGGGGAUUGGUGCUUAUCCUUGUGGCGGGACGCAUUUACCUAUGACGUUGGAUGUUGGGGAGAUUGUGGUCCGUAAGAUUACUAGAAAGCAAGGUUUUAGUAAGGUGUCUUACGAUAUUAAUUAGGGGGGAGGAGAUUAUAUAUUUGAGGUGAUUUAUAUUGGUUGUGGGUGUUAUGAAGCCGGCGACAUGAGCUGCCGAUGGGUGCUUGCGAUAUGCAGAAGAAGUUGGCGAUUAAUAUUAUUAACUAAAGCAUAUACGAUGAGCCAAAGUGGACAUAGGCCAUGGUACUUGCACUUACACCACGUGCAUGCAACCCUCUGGUUAUGUCAUUGAUGCGGCC